GUUCGGAAUAUCCCUCAGGGUCAAAACGGGGAAACAGGACUUGGAGUGGCAACACUCAAACGAGAGAAUUGUUACACGUUGCAUUGAAACAUGUUGCCGGUAUAUUUAGUGCGCAAUAUGUAUAUAAGGGAUGAUGCAAAUGUGACACGUGCGUGAUACUUGUGUUGUUCAUGACGUCUAGUAUCCUGGGAAUGACGUUUACUGCAACCACGCCUAUCUGGGCCCAUCGAAACUGACCAUCCUGGGCAGGCAUUGAGCUCCUUAAUUACCAAGGAUACGUUGGAUUAUGACGAUCGGUUUAACAACAUCAAAUGUGCCACAUUUUCACGCACGAGUUUGCUUCCUGGUUUUCGCCUUCUACAUUAUUUCUGCCUCGAAUGGGAGCAAAUAUAAACAAGAUAUUCAGAAGAUAAAUAGGCAACCUGAGGAAUCAUUAGUGGAGAGAAAACGAACAAGAACUCCACUACAUCAUGGAAAUACAGCCAUUCAAAAAAUAGACGGCAUAAAAGAAGAAAAAUCAAUAGUCGAGUAAAAGACCUAGAUGACUCUUUAAUCCGACACGAAUCGAGUCAAAUAAUGGGUACUGUUUCAUCGGAAAAAUCAGAGACAAUGAAAGGAGUAAAUGUGGAUGAGUUUCCACUGUCUUUAGAAACGUCGAAACAGACUCGACUGGAAUCGAGCAAAAGUCUCAUUGAAAGCAACAAUGGUACAAAUAGAAAUGUCGAUGUAACGAACAUUUCUAGAGCCAAAGAAUAUGAAAGCAACUUUGAGAAAGAUACUCACAGAAAAGAAGGUCACACGAAAAGUGAACAUGAAAGGAUGAUGUCACCAAGGAAUUCAAAUACGCUGAAUGAAACCCACAAUGGAAAAAAUGAUAAAAAAUUUUAUCAUAAACAAAUUCAAUUGAAUUCAGAUGAUUUUUUACAACACAGUUGGCAAAGUAGAGGGAAAAGAAAAUUAUUAUACAUAAAGGAAGAGUACAGUAACCGAAAAAAUUCAAUAACGUUAGGCAAAGAAAAAGAUUCUGUUUGUCAUAAAAUGGAAUGUGAAAACACUGACACUGAAUCUAUUGUAUCAGAAAGGUGCAAACAAAUCAAAGAACAUAUAAAAGCUCUAGAAGAUGUUACAAAAAAAGAUGAUGAUAUAAAAAUGCAGUAUCAUAGAAAGAGUAGAAAGUUACUUAUUCACAAGAAAAAUAUUGUUCGAUGUCGAAGUAAAAAAAUCGAUUCAAAUGAUAAUAUUUAUGAUGAUAAUGAUAAUAAUGAUGACGAUGGAUUAAAAUACGAGAAAUUUGCAAAAAAACGAAAUGAAAAUUUAGAUGAUAAUUACAGAGACGCUGCUCAAGAUUAUGAUUAUUAUUAUAAUCAUGAAGAUAAACUCUCAAAACCAGAUACAAGAAUAAGACGAGAGGAAAUUCAAUAUUUCGAUUAUAAUGAAAAUUCAAAAGUGUCAGAAGAGUUGUCUCAUGAAUCUCAGUCGAAAAUAAUAAAAAAAGAUACAACAUCCAAAAAGAAAUCGAAAAAUGACGAUUACCCGAUUAAAAAAAAUAAACAAAAAAUUGAAGACGAAAAGCAAGAUCAGGAAGCAAAGAAAACAGGGAAUAAAAUUCCGAGUGAGGAAUUCAUUGGCAACUUAAAUAUUCCGGACAUUUCCGACAAUCAAACAUUAAAUGAAACACUAAGUGAAAAUUCUCUAAAAACCAAUAAUUUGCCAAUUAAUGGUGCAAUAGAUCGUGACAAAAGAUACGAGGACGAGGACAAUACAAAUAUUCGCAAUUACGAAAAAUCAAAUGUGGACAGAUCAUGACAAAAAUUAACAAUGAAUUACAAAAAUGGAAAGGAAUAUAUUUAUGGAAGUUUUAAAAAUAAUUGCAAUUUAAAGGAUGAGAGGAGAAAAUAUUCCAUUAAAGACAAUCGACGAAAGAAUGCAAAAUUUUCAACACCAAGGAAGUAAUUAUUCAGCUCUUAAAAUUACGGAUGAUAUGUUUAAAGGGGGCGUCGAACAAAGCAACAUGACAGAGGAAAAACCAUUAAACGAGAUAGAUCCUUCGCAGAAAACUGCUGAGUGGAAAGUUAUUAAAG